AUGCGGGACUUAAAGAGCUUUCCAACGACGUCAUCGAUCCAAAAGCAGUUCAACCGUUUAGCUGCAAUCGACGAUUUAGGGGGGGAAAAAAUACAUUUUCGGGGUGAAGCAGUCGGCGAUCGAAGUUUGCUAUGUGCUCAAAAAAUGCCUUCGUUUCGCCAAUUCAUUGUCGAUAUGUACGUGAAAAUCGGGAGCGUACGACUGCUCUAUAUCCGCUCAAGUCAAACGAAACUGCGUUCGGAAGAAUACAUCCGUCUACGCGAUGCGGUGAACACUGAUGCCAACGUUGAUGCUAACAGUCUUGGAGAGCAGGUGAUUUUACCAUCCACGUGCAUAGGGAGCCCGCGUCAUAUGCAUGAAUACGCCAUGGAUGCUAUGACAUAUGUUCGCGCAUAUGGUCGCCCCGAAUCAUUCAUCACAUUCACGUGCAAUCCUGCCUGGGAUGAAAUUCAAGAGCUCUUGCUACGAGGUCAAGCGUCAUCCGAUCGGCACGACAUCAUUGCUCGCGUCUUCAGACAGAAAUUACGAUCAAUGAUGAACUUCAUCAACAAAGAUCAAGUUUUUGGAGAAACACGGUGCUGGAUGUACUCCAUCGAAUGGCAGAAGAGAGGACUCCUCCCGGCACAUAUCCUGAUCUGGUUGGUGAACAAAAUCACACCAGACAAAAUCGACGAUAUCAUCUCAGCCGAAAUCCCAGACAUUGACAUCGAUCCUGGAUUAUUCGAGGUCGACACACAAAAUAUGGUCCACGGACCUUGCGGACACUUUAAUCCACGAUGUGUUUGUAUGAAAGACAAGGAGAACUCCAAAAAGUACCCGGAACGUCUGAUUCCGGAAACAAUCACAGGCAACGAUGGUUACCCCCAAUAUCGACGUAAGUCCCUUGGAGACGGCGGCAAGAUGUUCCGUCGCACGCGCGGUGAUCGAGUCAUCGAUAAUAGCUGGAUUGUGCCGUAUUCAUCAUUGCUCUCAAAACCCUUCAAAGCGCAAAUCGACGUCGAGUACUGCAAUUCCGUCAAGUCCAUCAAGUAUAUUUGCAAGUACGUGAAUAAGGGAAGCGAUAUGGCAGUUAUCGAGGUGAGGAAUUUUCCAGAACCAGUCGAUGAAGUGGAACGAUAUCGCUCUGGACGCUACAUCAACAGUAAUGAAGCGAUUCGGCGGAUUCUGUCAUUCCCCAUCCAUGAACGUGAACCUGCAGUUGUGCAUUUGGCGGUGCACCUCGAGAACGGUCAAAUUCGGACGCUCGUCGCCAUCAUAUUGACGACUCGCUUCCCCUCCGAUCCCAAGGGUCUUUGGGAAAAACACAAGGAUUCUAUGGCCGAUGAUAUCCUGAACCGUGGUCGCCGUUUGCGCCACGACCCUGAGCUAGCCUUCGUUCCUGAGAUCUACAACGAAGCAUUGGUUUCGAUUGAGUAUCUUUGUGUGGCUAUCGCCAACAAAUCGUUGGUUCAGCUGGGUAUGCAUGCCCCGGAUCGAAGCGCUCUGGAUACUCAAGAUCGCGAUUUAGUUCGAGAAAGCGAUUUUGAUGUGGGAGCUCCGGCCGAAUUUGUCGAAACCAAUGUUCCACUUCUGCUGCCAGAACAACUGACCGCUUACGAAACUAUCAUGAGUGCGAUCGCGAAUCGUACCGGUGGUCUGUUUUUCCUCGACGCACCCGGCGGCACCGGCUAAGACUUUCCUGAUAUCUCUUGAUUUUUGGCGACCAUCCGUUCUCGGAAGCACAUCGCAUUGGCGAUCGCAUCUUCUAGAAUAGCCGCCACACUUCUCGAUGGUGGUCGAACGGCUCACUCCGCUCUGAAGCUGCCAUUGAAUGUGCAAACGAUCGAGAUGCCCACAUGCAAUCUUGCCAAAAAUUCCGGUAUGGGGACCGUUCUGAGAACGUGUCAAAUCAUAAUUUGGGAUGAAUGCACAAUGGCCCACAAGAAGUCCUUGGAAGCCCUCGAUCGGAUAUUGCGAGAUUUUAGAGACUGCCAGGUCCCUUUUGGAGGAGCGCUGAUCAUGUUGUCCGGUGACUUCCGACAGACCCUGCCCGUCAUACCACGCGGGACACGCGCCGAUGAAAUCAAUGCCUGCCUGAAGCAAUCGACUCUCUGGCGACACGUUCAGAAAUUGACGCUCACGACGAAUAUGAGGGUUCAGCUUCAGAACGACACGACCGCUGCACGCUUCGCGGCUCAAUUGCUGGACAUAGGCUCUGGGAGGAUGCCCAUCGACAGAUCUUCACAAAGCAUAACUUUGCCCUCGGAUUUCUGCAUGGUGUGCUCGACGGAAGAACGUUUGAUCCAGAGCGUCUUCCCGGACAUAAAACGGAAUUUCAGAAACCGUCAGUUGCUGAGUAAGCGAGCGAUCCUGGCCGCCAAGAACUGUGACGUGAACGCCAAGAAUCUCAGCAUUCAGAACGAAAUACCCGGCGAAGCUGAGACGUACAAGUCCAUCGAUACGGUCAUGGAUCAAGAUGAAGUUGUGAAUUAUCCAACAGAGUUUUUGAACUCACUGGAUCUGCCAGGCAUGCCUCCCCACGAUUUGACCCUCAAGCUUGGUGUUCCGAUCAUCCUGCUACGAAAUCUCCAUCCACCACGCCUGUGCAACGGAACAAGACUCGCCGUCGAGAACUUGAUGAGCAAUGUGAUUGAGGCAACGAUUCUCAACGGGAAAUUCGAGGGAGAUGUUUUAUUGCCAAGAAUUCCCAUGAUCCCUACCGAUAUCCCCUUCGAAUUCAAGCGUCUGCAGUUCCCAGUUCGUCCCGCUUUCGCCAUGACGAUACACAAAGCCCAGGGACAAUCAAUGCAGGUAUGCGGUCUCGAUCUCGAAAACCCGUGUUUCUCUCACGGCCAGCUGUAUGUUGCGACGUCCAGAGUUGGGAAACCCGCUGAUUUAUUCGUGUAUGCCGCCGACGGGAAAACAAAAAAUAUUGUCUACGAAGAAGCUCUUCAAUAA